AUGCAGAAUGUUAUGUUCACCGGGACUCUACUGAAUAUCGUCGCCGAUGCCUGGCUGCGAGUGUCAAAGACAAAUGCCGAAGAACUUGGGAAACAAGCGGCACCACCGGCCUAUGUGGCUGCUUUAAACAAGAACUCAGCUGACCCUACAGCGGCUUGGAAAGACUGGCUCCGGCAGAUAGUCCGGAGUGGUGUUAUAGGUGGACCUGCCGAUCCAGCUGGCUCCGUAGCGUGCUCGGAUUCACCAAGUUUGCUAUCCCUAGUCCAAGAGAUGGAAGCACGCCAACGACAGUGGCAUCUUGAGCGGCACCCAGAGGCUCGUCCCGAUAAUUCUGACGCGGGAUCCAAGAGACCGGCUGUAAUUGGUCCUGAUCCGCGUGAUGAACAGGGCUGGCUCUGCUUUCGAGUGGCUAAGAGUGCCAGAGAAGUUAUUUCCAGAUUCGAAUUUGAGCCGCACGAAUACCCAGAUGGCGUGAUUUCUUGA